AUGGCCUCCAGCAAACCAGGCGACUACGCCUCCGUCCGCGCAUCAAUCGCCUCCCUCCUCAACCAGCCCGAAUACGAUGACGGCUCCGCGGGUCCCGUCCUCGUCCGUCUCGCCUGGCACUCCGCGGGGACCUACUGCGCGGAAAGCGACACAGGCGGCUCCAACGGCGCCGGAAUGCGCUACGAAGCAGAGGGAGGCGAUCCCGCAAACGCCGGCCUACAGCACGCUCGCGUCUUCCUCGAACCCGUGAAAGCGCAACACCCCUGGAUCACCUACUCCGACCUCUGGACCCUCGCAGGCGUCGAGGCAAUCAAACAGAUGGGCGGUCCCGAAAUCACCUGGAAACCAGGCCGAACCGACUUUGUAGAUGAUUCCAAACUCCCUCCCAGGGGCAGAUUACCCGACGGAGCCUUGGGAGGUGACCAUCUCCGACACAUCUUCGGUCGCAUGGGAUUCACCGAUCAGGAAAUCGUGGCGUUGAGCGGAGCGCAUAACCUCGGGAGAUGCCAUUCCGAUCGCAGUGGAUUCGAAGGCGCGUGGGUGAACAAUCCCACGAGGUUCAGUAAUACAUAUUUCAAACUCAUGCUCUCGCGUGAGUGGAGAGAAAAGGUGCUCGAUAAUGGCGUGAGACAAUACGUCUAUUACGAUGAAGAUGCAGAAGAAGAGUUGAUGAUGUUGCCGACCGACCUGGCGUUGGUGGGAGACGAGAGUUUUCGACCUUGGGUAGAGCUGUAUGCCAAGGAUGCAGACCGAUUCUUUGAGGAUUUCGCAAAAGUAUUCGCAAAGUUGGUGGAGCUCGGGAUUAAGAGGGAUGAGAGGGGCAACAUUGUGAAUACGGAUAACGUCAAGGGAGGAUAUGUCAGUGCGCCGAAGAAGAGUGAUGCGCCUGGAAGAGACGGGGAGGUUGAUCGAUAUGGCGAGGCCGAGCCACUGAAGAAACAGAACCAGGUCCGAGCACGGCUGUAG